GCAUGUAAGGUUGGUUACUUACUCGUUACUCGUAAACGUGAUUCGAAACGGGCGCCGGGGAGAAGGGGCUAGGGCAGAGUGCAAUUCCACAGUGUAUAAGAUCGUCGAACACCGCUACAUGCCGGUUAUUUAAUUAAAAGUUUCAUGUUGUUGUUGACAGUUCGCAGUGCGUGUCGCCGCGUCCGUUGAUCGAAUCCGCUGUUUAUACAUAUUUUUAUGGCCAUACGAUGCCGUUCGUGCUGUCCGAAAGUCUGUCCCGGGUGUCGUGGCCGAGCAACGAGAGCAUCCACGCCGGCAGCUCGUCCGGCUCCGAUUUCCAGAGCCCCUCGACGUCGCCGACUUCGUUUUCGCCCAUCUCCUGCUCGCCCGACAACACGCUGAAGAAGCGCUUCCGCCGGGCCACCAGCCUCGGCAGCGUCAUCCAGGAGCCGUUCGUCAUACGAUCGGAGAUGAGGGACUCGCGCAGCCAGAGCCCCACGUUGAGUUUCCACGAAGAGGAGGAGUACGACGUUUGGUACGCUUUGCUGACGAAGAUAAUCGGUUGGUAUCCGUGCUUUCUCCUGCGGUUGGGCAAAGCCCUGUUGUCGGCCAUUCUGCCGCAGACGUGGUGGCAGAUGAUUUUCGCCCUGCCGAUGCUGUGGGUGUCCGUAUGGAUUUGGUGUUUCACGCAAUGCAUGCAACUACCUUUAACCAUCAUCAAAAUUUGCCUGUCUUUCAUCCUAUCGCCGAACGCGCCCAAGAACAGCAAAAGAAGAACGGUGCUGAUAAGCGGAGGAAGUACCAUACAAGCCCUUCAUCUAGCCAGAAACUUCUACUCGGCGGGAGCUAGAGUGGUCGUGUGCGAAGUAGAAGGCCUAUUCGCUCUCACCAAAUACUCCACGGCCGUAAGUAAAUUCUACACCGUUCCCAAACCCACCAGCGACAAACAGCAAAACUACGUGCGAGCCUUGUGCGAAAUAGUCGACAAGGAACAGGCCGUGUACUUUAUCCCCGUGGCGGCGACUACUCCGGCCUACUACGACGCCGUGGCGAAGCCGCACCUCGAGCUCCUCGGCUGCAACUGCUUCUGCCCGGGCAUCCGGGAGGUCUGGGUGCUGGACGACACCCUGGAGGUGCUGAAACGCUGCCAGGCGAACCACAUCCCCACGCCUCUCUACCACGUCAUAACGUCGCGGGACGACGUGAUCAAACUCUACGACACGGGGGCCAUCAGACGGGGCAUGUACGUGAUGUCGACCGUGGGGCCGAGAGGGCUGCGCGAGCGAUCCAAGAUCCUGCUGCCGCUGUCCAGGGACGACUUGAAGAUCCCCAACGACAUCAGCGAGCAGAAGCCGUGGGUGGUCGUGCAGAAUUUGGACGGGCACCACUACUUAACUUGCACCACUGUGAAGGAAUCGCAGGUGAUCGCUAACGUCACAUGCAAGAUGAACAAGAACAACAACGAGCUCAUACCGGAGGAGAAUAAAGAGAUCAACCAAUGGCUGACGCAAUUCUUCGGUAAGAUUAAUUUGUUGAAGCCGAUCUCGGGGCACAUAAGCUUCAGGUUCGUCGUUUGUAAGGAAUCCGGUACGGUUAUACCGCUGAGCAGUAGGGUAGGUGUGUCUUUGCCGUAUAUUUGUUACACGAAUGUUCAUCCGAGGCUCGUUUGGAAGCCCUGCAAGCAUUUCAGCAGGCAAAAUUCCGGGCCGUUGGUAAACGGUAACGGAGUUUACAAGAUGCCCUCAACGGUUUUGCAAACAGUAAGCAAUCCUUCCAUUGAAUCUGUGACGAGAUUGAUUGGAACGGUGCUAGAUAAGCGAGAGGCGCUGUUUGCCAUGUGGGACCCGCUGCCCUAUUGCGCCUACUAUCACUUGCAAUUGCCUUUCAAAAACGUCCUGGGGUUCGUAAAAAAGCGACAGAAUAGUUUUCCAAGGCCCAUGACGACGGCCGUGCGAUAACGAAAGCGAUUUUUCUCGAUGGGAGAGAGAAAGCUAAGCCUGAUGUGAUAAAGACAAUUCCGUAGUUAUAUUUAAUUGAAAAGACUUUAUUUUUUUUUCAAUCGCUGUGUUUGUGGCGAUUAUAGCGAAUGUUGAAACAAACAUGUCAUAAAAAUAUUUUAUAAAUAAAUUUAAACACAUUCUUGAAGAAAUCAUUGUAAUUAUUAUCUCUUUCGGAUGUUGCAUUCAUUGCAUUUUUUUAUGUUUUAAUAAGAAAUCGCAUAAAAAUUAUUGUACUUUACAUUAAUUGUAGAAUAGAGUGAGUUUUGUGAAAAAUGUAGGUACAAUUGUAUCAAAUUUCUUUCGAAUUACAAGCGACUAUUUUAUGUUACGAUCAUGUAAUUAUUUUUAUGUAUCAUAAAGUUGUAAUAUAAUUUAUUUAAAUAAAUGUUGUGCAAAAAC